AUGGGCCGACUGCUAGUUGGCUUUGCAGUCGGCACAAUCACUGGCGUAGCUCCAGUAUUUGGAGCAGAAAUUGCAAAGUGGAGGCUCGGCUUCGCCAUCCAGAGCGUCCCCGCCUUGGUCUUGGGCAUCAGCGUACUCUUCCUCGGCGAAUCGCCCAGGUGGCUCUGUCUAAAAGGUCGACACGAGGAAGCCGAAAAAGCUUUCCGCAACUACCACUACGAUGGAUCCAAUGACGACUGGUGCCGCAACGAGUUUACCAUCAUCCAGGUCAAUAUUGCAGAGGAGUUACAGGCUCAGGGUCGACUAUCCUGGGGCGACCUAUUCAAGACGCCAGCUUUCCGCAAACGUCUCUUUGUCGGCUCUUUCGUGUGGGCUGCUGCGAUGCUUUCUGGCAUUUCGUUUGUGCAAUAUUACCAAACGGCCAUCUAUGCCACGCUGCAGUUCAGCCAGGAUCAGCAACUUCUCGUCAGCGGUCUCUAUGGUUCUGUGGCGCCCGUGGCAUGUUUCAUCUCGCUGUUCUUCGUCGAUCGCAUCGGUCGAAGGAAGAUUCUCAUCGUGAGCUCGUCUCUAUUGUCGCUUUGUUACUCGAUCAUCACCAUUUUAGCAGCGGUUUACCCUGCAAGACCCGGAUAUCCAACCAACGAGGCGGCCCAGCGCGGUCUCAUUGCGUGUAUUUUCGCUGUUUCAGCCAACUAUUCUGCCCUCCUGGGACCCAUGACAUGGAUCAUUCCGUGA